CUGUUCGAUAGUAAUCGCUAUCUCCUUUUUGUAGAUGAACCUGUGCAAAUUCGGUUUUGCCUAAUUAAAUAGUCAAGGAGAAAUAAAAUCUCUGAUAACAUGAAAUAUAAGUAUCAAACUUACAUUUUUAUUUUUAUAUUGUAUUGUAAUUUAAAAAUACUUAAUGUCUGUACUGUAGAUACAAUUAAAUCCUGUGAAAUUAGAAUGAAAAAUGGAGAGUGCAUUUCUAAAUAUGAAAGAUAUAAUUCACAUAUUACUCAAAAAAGAUACCUUUUUUAUGACAUUAAUCCAGCUGAAGGAUUUAACCUUAGGAGAGAUGUUUACAUCAGAGUUGCAAUGUUUGUAAAGGAACUGAUAGAAGAUGAUGCAUUAUAUCAAUGGAACUUAGUAUUACCUCCGUGGGAAUUGUUCACGCACAUUCCAUAUGCCUUAUAAAGUUGCAUUUGAAAA